AUGUCCGGAAUCAUCGACACCAUCAAGCACGACCACCGCGAGAUCGAAUCCUACUACAACCAGAUUCUCCAGGCUUCCAAUGCCGACGAACAAACCCGCUACCAGAACCAAUUCACCUGGGAACUGGCCCGACAUUCCAUCGCCGAAGAACUAGUCGUGUAUCCAGCCAUUGAGCGAUAUAUCACCGGGGGUGACGUUAUCGCAAACAAAGACCGCCAGGAACAUCAAAAGGUCAAAGAGCAAUUGAAGAAGUUCCAAAACAUGAAGCCAGACGACCCCGAAUUUCUCCCUACCGUCAAGGCCCUCAUGAGCGAUCUCGCUCAGCACAUCAAGGAGGAGGAAACGGAGGAUUUACCCCAGCUUGAGGCAGCUAUUUCCCCCGAGGAUAGCGAAAGCUAUGCGAAGUCUUUUGCCCGUACGAAGAUUUUCGUUCCGUCGCGCUCGCAUCCCAGUGCACCGGAUAAGCCGCCAUAUGAGACUGCCAUCGGGCUGUUGACUGCGCCCAUUGAUCAUUUGGCGGAUUUGUUUCGCAAGUGGCCGCAUAAUACGACCAUGCCGAAUCCUUCUACUAAGUAG